AUGACAACAACAACAACAACAAAUUACUACGAGUAUAAACAUCCAAUAAUUAAUUUGGAACUUUCAUCAAAUGAUAGUUCCGUGGAGCCCAAGAAAUUCGAUACUCUAGAUGAUUGGUACAAUGUUAUUAAUGAUUACGAAUAUCAGGCUCGUUGUCCCAUUAUUUUGAAAAAUUCUCAUCGUAAUAAACAUUUCACUUUUGCCUGCCAUUUGAAAGGCUGUCCCUUCAAAGUAUUACUAAGUUACUGUGGGAAUUCCGUACCAAGAUCAACAAACAUUACCACAACUUCAUCAACAACAAAUACGGUUACUAAUGACGAUCAAGCACAAUCCACCGCAAAUUCUGUAGUGGAUGACUCUUUGAAGCAACACAAUACGGCUAAGGAUGAUGUCACAGACGAAUUGAUGAACGUUAACGAUAAUGAUGCCAAUGUGACCGCAGCAAUCGAAGCCGCAGUCGCUGCUGUACAGACAGUUUCUCAUACCAAUGAUGAUGAUGAUGACGACGAUGAUGUUAAACUGCCAAACCAUACUAAGAUUACCGUGCUGGAGACACUACCAGAUUUGAAAAGUCACGUCAAUUCUCAAUCAAACCAUAAUAAUAUUUCCGGUCCCUUCAUUGUCACCAAAAUUGAACCAUACCAUAGCCAUUCAUUAGAGGAGAAUUUAUCACUUGAUAAAUUCGUAUUAACAAAAAUCCCCAAGAUUCUACAAAUCGAUUUAAAUUUUGAUGAAACUUUAGAAAUCUUGUAUAGAAAAGGUAAUAACACUUUAAACAAAUUUAAAGUCGUUCAGUUCGUCGAGGAUUCCGGUCUAUUAGAUAUUAUCAAAUCAAGAUAUAAUCUCAUGGAUGAAGAUAUCACUAAAAAAUUCAUCUCUCUAAUCUCAAGACGUGUCACAACUUACAAAGCAAGAUUCGUGCUAAAAAAGAAAAGAAUCGGUGAAUACAAGAUGAGUCCUGGUCCAUCUGAUAUUCCUGUAUCGAAUGAACCAACAGACGUCCUAGAAGAGCACAACAAAUUGAACAGUAAGCCGGGCUUGACCGGACCUAAAUCAUUACAUCCACCUAUCGACAAUACCGACAUUACCAACAAUAAUGCUAACCCUGAUGAUAAAGAUUUGACAGCAACUGCACAAGCAGCUAUCGGUGAUUUGAAGCGUAGAAUUCAAGAAUCUGAAUCAAAUAAUGUCGAUGUGGAAGAUAAUCUGGAAGAUUACUCUCAAAAACGUCAUAAGGCAAUAGAUGACAGUCCCCUCGUUCACCUUGAUGAUAUACAAAAUGACGACAAAUUACCACAUGAUGUCGCAGAACAACUGAGAUUGUUAUCAUCACAUUUCAAGGACGUGGAAACCGCAUCUAAUAAAGAUGAUGAUGAAGAUGAUGAAAAUAAACAUGAUGUCGAAGUAGAUAUUCCAGAUGAAAACAUUCAACCUGAAUUGAGAGGCCAGUAA